UCAUUCUAUCAAUUCAAUAGAAACUAGAAAAUUACCUACGGGAAUAGUCGACAUGCUAGUUGAACUUAUUUUUUGUUUGGUGACUUUCGUCAAUUUUUCGAUCACCUAUGCUGAGAGCUGUGCUGAAUUGCACGUGUCUAUUCCACCGCCAUCAAAGCAAUUAAUUGACCCCAAUAUGCUUACCUAUGCAAAAGAUGUAUUCAAGACUCAAGCAAAAAAUGAUGAGAGUACGGAAAAUAAGACGUGUACAUCAUUUUUGGCAGAAAGAGAUGUAAUUUUCGAGCUAUUUACACCUAAAAAUCCAACAGAACCGCAAAUUUUAAAAUUAAACGAUGUUAGUACCGCAAAAGCUUCAAAUUUCAUUCGAAAAUUUCCAACAAGAAUGUUAAUCCACGGUUGGCAAUGUCGUGGUCAGUUGACAAAAAAAUUUACCGCCGCAUAUUUCAUAAAAGGUGCACAUAAAGUCAAUUUUAUAGCGGUAAAUUGGCGAAAGGGUUCGAAUGAUUUCAAUUACUUCUGUUCGCGUCAACGUGUUAACGAAGUGGGCGCAUAUGUUGCCCGAUUUAUUGAUUUUUUGGCAAACCAACUCUGGGUAAAUGUUGGUGCUUUAACCAUCAUUGGACACUCUUUGGGUGCUCACAUUUCAGGACUAUCUGCAAAAAAAGCAAACCGAAAAGUUGGUAAAAUAGUGGGAUUGGACCCAGCUUUACCAACUUUCAAGUAUGAAGAGGCCGAAAAUCGACUUGCCGACACAGACGCAUCGUAUGUUGAAGCCAUUUAUACCUGUAGUGGGAAAUUGGGUCACAUUGAGCCACUCGCAAAUGCAAAUUUUUAUCCAAACGGAGGCGUUGUUCAACCAGGUUGUAUAAUGGACGUGCUUGGAAUUUUUGCUCAUUCUCGGGCAUGGGAGUUUUAUGUCGAAAGUAUUAAUAGACCAGAAUUUUAUGCCUUUGAAUGUGAUUCACUUGAAAAUUUGCGAAAAGGUACUUGUUCAGUGGUAAAUAAGAUCGUGAAAAUGGGUGGCGAACCGGGUAACAGGAAUUUAAAAGGAAUAUUUUAUUUGGACACAAAUGAUCAAUCGUUUUUCGCAAAAGGUCGCCAAGGAUUGUAUAAGGCAUUGGAGACAGUAAAAGCAAAGAUUUCGUGGCAAUCGGCUUUACGGAAGAUACCCAAUUAAAUCUUAGAUUGCUAGCUACUCAGAAGUAUGCAGUGAUUAUUCUUAAAAUGUUAGCAGAUCAGACAGCUGGCUGAUCAGUCCAGCUUUUUGUGUUGACUUAUUCGAUCAUUGUAUUUUCAAUUAUCAGUGUCCUCUCAAUAGCAACCAUAAUACAAUAAAAUGUCUUAGAUCCGUAAGAUAAACUUUUACGCACUGUGA